CAUGGCCAUAACGUCACUAUUUAACUGCACGGGACAGCUGAGUGAACAGUUUGUAAGAUUAACCAAGAAAUUAAAGGUGUGACAGAAUGGCAGACAACGAUCUGUUAGGAGAUUUCCAGUCAGAAAAUAACUACCACCAAGAGGAUUUCGAGAAAGUGGAGAAAAUACCAGAGCAAGAUGAAGAAAUUUCAUCGAGUUAUGUCGGUGAGGAGGCAGAGGCCGAUCGUUAUGAUCCCGGGCCCGUCAAUACUGAUCCAGUUGAUAAUUUUAGUGAUUUAGUUAACCUUGGUUCUACUGGUCAGUCUGCAUUUGCUACCGCCAAUGACCCCUUUUCUUAUCAGCCCCAAGAACCUACAGCACCCCCUAAAGAAGUAGAUCAACUUAUGUCUGCAUUUGAAAACGAGAACACUGAAAGUGAAACGAAAAAAGAACCCCAACAAGAAGUGCCCAAGCUUCCCAAGACAGAAUCAGUAAAGCAAAGCACAAGUCCACCUGCAGAAACUGCAUCAUGGUUAAAAAAUGUAGAUCCAAGAGACGAUGAAGAAGACACUUAUUUUGCCUCCGACCAUAAAGUCACAACUAUUGAAGAAGAACCAGAGCAUAAAGUUUUAUUGGAACUAAUCUAUUGGAGAGAUUUAAAGAAGACCGGGAUAGUGUUUGGAUCCAUGUUAUUUAUUUUGCUGUCUCUGGCUAUAUUCUCAGUACUCAGUGUGUUAGCUUACCUGUCACUAGCUGUCCUGUCAGUCACAUUAAGUUUUAGGAUUUAUAAGAAUGUAUUGGCGGCGGUGCAGAAAUCAGGAGAUGCUCAUCCAUUCAAAGCCAUGUUGGAUCUGAAUAUUGAUUUACCUGAGGAUAAAGCACAAAUGGCUCUGAAGAACAUCUGUAAACAUAUUAACUGUACUGUUAGAGAGCUCAGACGAUUGUUCCUUAUUGAGGAUCUCGUAGAUUCUAUGAAGUUUGCUCUGCUGUUAUGGGUGUUGACAUACAUUGGAUCUUGGUUUAAUGGAAUGACUCUCAUCAUUAUGGGUUUGGUAGCUAUAUUUACUUUACCUAAAGUCUAUGAAACAUACAAGGUACAAAUAGAUAAUUAUGUGUCAAUGGCUUGUGACCAAGUCUGUAAAGUUAAAGCUCAAGUCGUAGCUAAGUUACCUUUCCUGAAAAAGAAAGAAAAAGCACAGUAAAGCCAUGAAGAAUAAUUAGUAGACAAGAAAUACACCAUAUAUAUAAAAAAGAUGACUGUGUCCUCUGAUUGUGUAUAAACUGAGAGCCAGAAAGUGACAUAUUUAUUUUACAUCACGCUUUGUACCAGUAUUAGUCAUUGUAUCUUAAAUGAUUGAAAUGUUUUUUCGGACUGCAGGACACAUUAAUAUUCCAUCUUGAAAGAAUUUUUUGCUAUCAGCUGACGUAAAUAUGCAAAAAAAAUAUGUUUGAAUUUAAAAAAAAAAAAUUAAAAACAAUUUUGAGAGGAGUAUUGUAGAAUUUUAAAAAUUUCAUAGUACAUUUUUUUGUAAGCUUCAUUAUAAAGUAAAAUGUUUUGUGUGUUGUACUUAUUUAUUCAUUGUCCUAAAUGUUGAUCAUAAUUCUUAAAAGUUACCUUGUAAAAUAUUUUUUCUUUCCUGUCUUGUGAUUUUUUUCUGUAAAAAAGUUUUUAGUCUAUAUGUUUCCAUUCAAUCAGAAAUAUAUGUAAAACACCACAACCUCAAAAAAUAAUUCUUCACAUCCACAUAUUUGGUUGUAAAUAUUCGGCAUGAUGUCAAAAAUUAGGAACAGAAAAAUUUGUUUUCUUUAAAAAUGUUGAAGAUUUCAACUGUCAAUUUGAAUAAAUCAUCAUGGAAAUUCUAUAAGUUCAAUAAAUUAAAAAUAUAUACAACAGGUUAUAAAUCAAAAGUGCUAUUCACCAAAAACACAAAAACAAUACCACCAGAAACAGGUUAUAAUAGAAAUACUUCUUUCGUUACAUAUUUUUUAUUGAACAAAAAACUAUUAAUUUGAAAAUUAAACAAAUUUAAUUAAAAAAAAGAAGGAAAAGUCAAUUCCAUUUACCAAAAUAAUCAUAUGCCAUGCUACCAAAUUGGGCGUUUUCAAUUAACAAGUUUUAACAGUACUGUCUUGCUGUAUUAUAUCUCUUAUGACACAUUUGCAAAGGUACAUGUAGUAAAAUACCAUAAAAGAAUGUAUUUGAUACAAACAAACACAUGAAAAAUCUGAAGGGAUUUAAUAACAAGACGUUCUGUUAUUUAUUUGUUAAUAUAUAGCCAUUUGAACAUAAAAAACCAUAUCACAGCAUAAUUAUUUAAGGUAGACCUGUUCAUAUGAAAUUUUUUUAAUAAUUUAAUUUAGGCUUUCAAAUGCUUGAAAUACUUCAUAGCUUUUAGCAAGUGGUGUAGAAUUUUGUGGGUAUACAAUAAACGUUAUAUAAGCUAGGUAUGUGAAAAUAAAUUUGGCAAGUUUACACUUUGGAAGAGUGAAAAUUUAAAAAGAUGGCUAUUUGAAAUAUCGCUAGAUUUUUAAAGUAUAUCAUAAAGUGCUGUAGAAUAGAUAUGGAAUGGAAAACCUUGCCUUUAUAUAAUUACUAAGUAAUAUAUGAAAGAAGACCUCACAUUCAUAGCAAGAUAGUCGUCACUGUCUCAUAAAAUUAUGGUAACAAUGCUGUAGAAUAGUAAAAUAUGAAAUACACUGUAUAUAUACAUUUCAGUCUUUCUCCUUGAUGUUUUGUAAUACUCUGUUUUUAUUGCCUUGUUAUGUAUAUAUAGAUGUGUGCACGUCAUCCUGUUAAACCAAUUUGUUCAAGUUUUUAGGUUGAGACGGUCGAUAUUUGUACUUUGGAGUUGAAGGCUGUGAUCUGAAAAUUAUAACCUUUGUUAAGUGCCAUUGGAACAAAUGAAGAAAGUUACAUACUUGUAAUUUGGAAAAGAUGAGACUAUCUUAAGGCAAUUCAAUAAUUUGGAUUAUAUGGUUUUGUAUACUAUUGGUAGAUAUAUUUGUAGAACAAUACACAUAUUCAAAUUUAGUCUGAAUAAAAUCAAACCUCUCAGUUCUCCAGGGUUUCUGAUAUGUCACAUAAAUAAAAUUAAAGCAAGUGAGAGGUUUGAAUUUAUUUAGACUGAAUUUAGAUGGGAAAUUAUAAAUUUAACUGGUCAAUUUAAGCAAGCUACCGGUAGUGCUUUUUGCAUGAUUUAAAACAAUUUUUAGAUGAGCGAUAUAUCAUUGAAGUAGAAGAGGAGAUGGAAAUUUAACAGAACAUUCACAUUAAAAUCCAUGUACGCUUCAUGAAUGCAGAUAUCUGACUGGGCUAUCAUCAACUGGAGUGGUGGAAGUUAUUGAUCUCUUUUGUUUUAUACCAUCAUUGAUUCUUUUAUUAUAUUCUCUAGUGUUUUCUUGUUCUAAUGUUGACAUUCAUUGAAAACAGUUAAGAAGUGACUGAAAUAAAAACAUUUGAAUAAGUUGAACAACAUCUAGUAUUUUAUCAGGGUUUGUGUUUGUUUCGCUCAGUUUGCCGUGAUCAUUUUGGACUUGGUUUCAUUAAAUUGUUCCAUCAAUAUUAAAUCUCGAUUUUUUUUGGCAAGAACAAAGUAGAAAAUAUUUAGGAUUUAUCAUUAUUUGUUGAGUGCUAACUUUCUUAGUAUUGUUGAACCACAAAGUUAGGUGCUCUUUAAUAUACUUUAUAACGUUUUGUUUAUUUCCCGCCCACAUUCACAGUACUUAAACCUGUAUAACUCUAGUAUACAGAAAGCAUGUACUUGGAUUAUUCUGACGUUUUGUUAAAAAUUUUAUUCUGAUUUUUCUGCCAUGACUAGAAAUUUUAUUUAUAUAAUGUCUUCCCAACAUAAUUUAGUUGAUUUAGCGGGAUGUCUAUGAACAUAAAGUAUACUAUACAGUUAGGUGUAUCUAAUAUAUUUAUAUAUAAAGUGUAAAGCUUUGUACUGUUUUGUAGUUUUCAAUGUAAAAGUGUAAAAUUUUUAAAAGAUUUAUUUAUUCAACAUAUUCUGAUUCUGUUAUAAACAGUGUACACACUUAAUAAAAAGAUGGAAAUAUUUAGAAAUUCAAUCAUUCUGCAAGUAGAUAUUUUUUUCUUUUUCUUAUCAUCUGACACUCCUGCUUCCUCCACCAAUAAAAACUGAAUGCAACAAUAUGCCAAUAGUUCUGUAAGUGGCGUUAAACACCAAUGAUUGAUUAAUCAUUUUUUUCUGCAUAAUGAUUGGUAGUUGUUUUAUUGACAAUCUUCCUGUGUUUUCCAUUUAUCAGUGAUCAACUGAAACUUUUUGAAACAUUUUUUAUCUAGAACCUAAAAAGUUAUGUAUUUGAAAAUUUCAUUCAUCCCAGAGGUACAGGAAAACACUGAUAAAAAGCUGACCAAACUAAACACAUUUAGUGUUUGAGGACAUAUGUAUGAUUGAAGAAAUACUAGUUAUACCAGAACAAAAACAUCAAAUGUUUAUAUUUUCUUGAAGUCUGUAUAUUCUCUCAAUACUGUGACAUUUUGUUAUCAUAAUGUUCUUUUAUUUAAUAUGCAACUCAUUAUUUUAGAGAGAACAUCUUUUUUUCUAUCAUUUAUGUACAUGCAUUUACUUUAAUUCCUGGAGACCUUGUGAUUAAUUGCUUUAUGUGCAAAGCCUUGAAUAAAAUAAACUGAAUGUUGAAAGUA